GCAGUGUGAAAACAACGGCGAUCCGACGACUUUGAAAAUCGUGCGGUGUGAACUCGGCAUAACGGAGGGGCGUUUUCCACCGUGGGUACCUGAUUUACUUACGUCAACCGGUUGUGUUUGGGGGUGGGGUCAGGUAAGGGGCAUUGUUUUCAUUGCAUGAUUUAGAAACAACCCCAAUUUAGAAAUGCACACUUUUGUUUAGCAAAGACCGCUAUACUUUUAUCAUCCCAGAGCCAAGCUUUGUUUUCGGUUCCUUACUGCGAAUCGGUUCAGAAGAACUGUCUAGUGAACUCUGAGGAUGGAUAUAUUGUUGGCACUGAAGACGAAUGUAGUGUCUGUUGUCAUGGCUGUCUUGGCUCUGAUAUUGCUGUGGAAGAUUCGAGGAAAGCAGAGCAGUUUUGAGCGGCUCCCUCCAGGACCUGCGCCUAAUCCACUGCUGGGAAAUUUAUUUCAAUUUAAUAUCAAGGAAGCCUACAAAUAUUACCUAGAGCUGAGUAAUAAGUAUGGCUCUGUUGUCACCAUCUGGUUGGCAAACACUCCUGUGGUGAUCAUUUCUGGAUAUCAAGCCCUAAAGGAUACUAUGAUUGGUCUUGGUGAAGAAUUCAGCGGCAGGGCCAUCUAUCCUCUGUUGAUGAAGUCCACUUAUGGAUACGGUGUUCUGUCCACCAGUGGAUACCGAUGGAAGGAGAUGCGCAGGUUCACUCUUAUGACACUGAAGAACUUCGGAAUGGGCCGCAGGAGCAUCGAGGAACGAGUCAGGGAGGAGGCUGAGAAUCUUGUGGAAAUGUUUAAAAAAUGUGAAGGCUCUGCAUUCAGCCCUGUGGACAUGCUGUUUAAUGCUGUAAACAAUGUGAUCUGCAGCAUUGUCUUUGGGAAUAGGUUUGAACUUGAGGAUCCACAGUUUAAGUCUCUCCUUCGAACUGUGAAUACUUACUUCACUAUUCUCAGUAGCCCUCUUGGACAGAUCUAUAAUGUAUUCCCUAGGUUAGUCAGUCUCUUUCCCGGUAAACACCAUCAGCUGUUUAAAGACCUAGAAGAGGCCAGAGAGUAUUGCAAGCAUGAGGCACAGGCUCGGAUGAAUACUUUGGAUCCCUCAUGCCCACAGGACUUCAUUGAGGCCUUUGUGUUAAAAAUGAAAGAGGAGAAAGACAAUCCUGACACAGAAUAUCAUUUUGGCAACUUGGUUUCUAUAGUAUGGAACAUGUUUAGUGCCGGCACAGAAACCACUUCAUCCACCGUCAGAUACGCUGUGCUUCUGAUGAUGAAGCACCCAGACGUUCAAGAGCGUGUUCAGCGGGAAAUUGAUGAGGUUGUAGGACAGGACCGCUGGCCCUCAGUAGAGGACAGACAGAACCUGCCGUAUACAGAUGCUGUAAUCCACGAGAUUCAACGGUAUAUGGAUCUUGCCCCCAUCGCUAUCCCACACAAGAUGAUGUGCGACACUGAAUACAAUGGUUAUAUAAUUCCUAAGGGGGUCAUGGUUUUCCCUCUGCUAUCCUCUGUGCUUAUAGACCCGAAACUGUGGAAGAACCCAAAUUGCUUUGAUCCAGAGAACUUCCUGGAUUCAGUUGGCCGAUUUCAGAAAAAUGAUGCAUUUGUUGUAUUUGGCAUGGGCAAGCGUGCGUGUCUUGGUGAGGCUCUGGCUCGCAUAGAACUCUUCAUCUUCUUCACUUCCCUCCUUCAGCAUUUCACCUUCAAAGCCACAGUGCCACCAGAGGAGCUCGAUACAACACCUAAAAAUUGCAGUUUUGGCCGCAUGCCCCGCACAUACGAGUGCUAUGCCAUUCCCAGGAAAUAGAGGAACAUGCCCACAAAACGAACAAAGAAAACUUCCAACAUAUUCUCAUUUCAGUUUGAUGCUUUAAUGGAAAUAAAUAUGUCCAAAAU